AUGGAGUCAGAUUUCGAAGGUCAUGGGUUUUCGCGGAUGAUAGACGUUUCUAAUUCUUCGACCAUACCACUGGAUGAUCCCACCCAUCCAUUUCUUGCUUCUAGAACUGUCUAUGAGCAACAUCGCCAACCGAUUUAUGCAUGUGCAUUCAAUCCAUACCAGCCGGAGAGAUGUGUGCCAAUUCUUGCCACUGCAGCCAAAAACAUGAUCACCAUUUAUGAGUGUCCAUUGGAUUCUAACAAACUCAUCCUCGUUAGAAGCAUCAAGGAUCCUUCGCCAGAUAUGGAUAUUUUCACUCUAACAUGGUGCUACGACAUUACUGAUAAAGCUCACCGAAUUGCCUUCGGUGGUUACUCUGGUUUAAUUCGCCUGGUGGAUCCAUCUACGGGCGGUUUGCUUAUGAAUAUGUAUGGACACGGUGAUCACGUGAAUGAGAUGCGGACAGAUCCAAAUAACUCAAUGAUAUUUGCCUCAGUCUCCAAGGACACUACUAUUCGCCUUUGGAAUAUUAGAGUGCAUGGACCAAUUGCCAUUCUGGGAGGUUACGAAGGACACAAGGAUCAAAUUCUUUCCCUAGAUUGGUCGCUUGACAGUAAGUAUAUUGUUUCGUGCAGUAUGGACCAUUCCAUUCGGUUGUGGUUUCUGGGCACCGAUAAGCUGCAGGAGCGUAUUCGCGAUAGCAUGACUCUAAAAGGUCAAGCUAAUUUUCGUAAAGAGCUAGCCGAGUCGAACAAUUCCAGUGACUGCCAAUCUGGAAGAACAAUUCAAAUUCACUAUCCCAUUGCCAUCAAUACAGAUCUUCACAAUGACUAUGUUGACUGUGUUCGAUUCCUCGGACAUUAUGUUGUUUCCAAGGGGUCCGACAUGUCCGUGGUUGUAUUCAGGUUUGGCUCGUUCGGAGAGGAAUUUUACAAGAUAAGGCCGAAGUUACAGGUGGAUACAUCGGCGCUUCAGCUCGUUCGUUUGGAUCUGCCUGAUUCUGAUAUUUGGUUUAUCAAGUUUGACAUUGAUCCUUUGAAUAGGUGGAUUGUUAGCGGCAAUAAGAUGGGUCAGCUAUGUUUUUGGGAUCUCACUGAAGGCCUUCCUAGUGUGAAGAUGACAGCUACCGUUAAAAUUGCGGAAUGCUGCAUCCGCCAGAUUUGCUUUGGUGCGAAUGGGAGAAUCAUGGUAGCUGUCGCAGAUGAUUAUUCUGUUACUAGGCUUGAACGGAUCCUUGAAGGAGAAGAAAUACCGUCGUAUUGUAAAAGCACUGGGCUGACGUCACUUAACGGACCUUCGGCCAAAAGAUCAAAAAGACGAUCUCGCAGGCAGGGGAGGAAACGAAACAGUGAUUCAGGCAGUUCAGAGUACAGUGAUGAAAAAGAAAGUUGA